GAAAUCACUAGUUAUCAAUCAAUCUCUCAUUAAAUAACAAUACAUAGUAUAAAAUAACUUACUAUCAUUUUUUAUCUGUGCUCUUUCCGGUUAUUUUUUAUCUAUUUAAUUAUAUCGGAAUGGCUGGCACUACAGGAAAAGUUAUCAAGUGUCGCGCAGCAGUAGCCUGGAAAGAAAAAGAACCAUUAUCUAUUGAAGAAAUCGAAGUUGCACCACCAAAAGCUCAUGAAGUGAGAAUUAAAGUUAUAGCUGUUGCCUUGUGUCAUACCGAUGCUUAUACUUUAUCUGGAGCAGAUCCUGAAGGAAUAUUUCCUUGUGUUCUCGGUCAUGAAGGUAGCGGUAUUGUUGAGAGUGUUGGAGAAGAUGUUACUGAAUUCAAGCCGGGUGAUCAUGUUGUACCUUUGUAUAUUCCUCAAUGUAGAGAAUGUAAAUUUUGCAAAUCUCCAAAAACUAAUUUAUGCAGCGUUAUUCGUUUAACUCAAGGAAAAGGGCAAAUGCCUGAUGGAACUUCCAGAUUUACAUGCAAAGGAAAAACUUUAGCACAUUUCAUGGGCUGUUCGACAUUUUCUGAAUACACUGUUGUAGCAGAUAUUUCAUUAGCCAAGAUUGAUCCUGCUGCACCUUUAGACAAAGUUUGCUUGUUGGGAUGUGGAGUUUCCACAGGUUAUGGAGCUGCUUUGAAUACUGCUAAAGUAGAACCAGGAAGCAAUUGUGCGAUUUGGGGUCUAGGUGCUGUAGGAUUAGCUGCUGCACUUGGCUGUAAAGCUGCUGGUGCUUCACGUAUUAUUGGCAUUGAUGUUGAUGAAUCUAAGUUUGAAAAAGGAAAAAUCUUUGGAUGCACUGAAUUUAUCAAUCCAAAAAAACUGACCCGUCCAAUAACUGAGGAGUUAAUUGAAUUAACAGAUGGAGGAUUAGAUUAUACAUUUGAAUGUGUUGGAAAUGUAGUAACUAUGCGCCAAGCAUUAGAGUCUUGUCAUAAAGGUUGGGGCACUUCAGUCAUUGUUGGUGUAGCAGCCGCUGGACAAGAAAUUAGUACUCGUCCAUUCCAAUUAGUCACAGGGCGAGUAUGGAAAGGUACCGCUUUUGGGGGAUGGAAAUCCAAAGAUAGUGUGCCAAAACUGGUUGAUGAAUAUCUGAAAAAGAAACUAAAUCUUGAUGAUUUUGUUACUCACCAAAUGCAAUUCGAUAAAAUUAACGAAGGUUUUGACCUACUUCAUGCUGGAAAAAGCUUAAGAGUGGUCCUAAAGUUCUAAAAAUGAGGAUAAUCCAAUGUUUACACUUUUAUAAAUGACAAUAUUUUUAUAAAUCUUAUUGACAUUUUCUUAUGUGUAUUUGAAAAUAAAGUUCAGUUAAUACUAAAUAAUAUUGAAUGUUUAUUGUUAUUAAGAUAUAUUUAUUAUGAUAUAAGCGAAAUCUCCAUCUAGACAUAAUAAAAAACUUAUAAGAAAUAAAGUCUUUCGAAAUGUAAAUUUUGUGGGGUAUAAAAACGGUAUCAUGUGGGUUUAACGAUACGAGCAUUUUACUACUUCAUCGUCGUUCUGUAAGUAAAAUACAAAAAAUAAUCACCAACAUGAACUUCAUUGUCUUCUGUUUGAUGAUAGUCCUCGUCGCUGUUUUGGCUCUUGCCAAUGCUGCUCCAGGCUGCAAUGAUUGCGACGGUGGAAGCCUUGUCAAUGUUUCUCCAGCUCUUGCUACUGCUGUUGGACUAAAUGUACUUUCAGGAUAAAUGAAAUUAGAUAAAUUUAGCUAGAAGAAUUUAUUAAUAAUUAUUACAUCAAACAAUUCGUACCUAACAAAUGCAGAAAUGUCAAAGUUGGAAUUUUCAUUAUUUAAAUGAUUCACAACAGUAUUGUAUGUUCACUAAAUUUUCAAACGCCCAGGAUCCACCAAAUCAAAUAGUACAACAAAUAUACAACAGUUCACAUCAAAAAGUUUUAUCCUGCAAUAGACAUAGACACAACACAUAUGACUGCUAUCAUAAAUAAUUCAUUUAAAUUUUGGAAAUAACACUGCAUUACGAAAAUUAGGCGAAAAAUAAACAAACUUUUUUAACAAAAAAAA